AUGGAUCAAUAUGAGGUGAUCCGACAGGUCGGUCAGGGCGCGUUCGGUAAAGCGCUGCUGGUCAGACAGAAACACGGAGAUGAUGCGAUGCGUUACGUCAUCAAAGAGAUCAACCUGAGACAGAUGUCUCCACGAGAUAAAGAAUCGUCCAGAAAAGAGGUCUCUCUGCUCUCCAGAAUGAAACAUCCAAACAUUGUGACAUUUUAUAAAUCAUUUCAUGACAGUAAUAAUCUCUACAUACUGAUGGAAUAUUGUGAUGCUGGUGAUCUCAUGAAGAGAAUCCAAGUACAAAGAGGGAAGCCGUUCACAGAAGAACAGAUAGUCGAUUGGUUUGUACAGAUCUGUUUGGGUUUGAAACACAUUCAUGACAGGAAGAUCCUCCACAGAGACAUUAAAGCUCAGAACAUCUUUCUCACUCACGGAGGAAAGAGAGUCAAACUGGGAGACUUUGGCAUCGCACGAAUGUUGAACAACACCAUGGAGCUGGUGAGAACUUGUGUUGGAACGCCGUAUUAUCUGUCACCAGAGAUCUGUGAGAGCAGACCGUACAACAACAAAACAGACAUGUGGUCAUUGGGGUGUGUCCUUUAUGAGCUCUGUACACUGAGACAUCCAUUUGAAGGCAGUAAUUUAAAGCAGUUGGUGUUGAGGAUCUGUAGGGGGCGUUACACUCCAGUGUCUCAGUGUUUCAGCGCUGAACUGCGACUGAUGCUGAACCAGCUGUUUAAAGUCAGUCCACGUGACCGGCCCUCGGUUAACUCACUACUCAAACGACCUUUACUACAGACACAGAUCAGCAGACACCUGGAGCCUCAGUUGUUGGAGGAGGAGUUCAGUCACACUGUUCUACACAAACACACACCAACAGCCAACAGCACAGAUAAAAUGUGUAAAGUUCCUGUCGGACAUAAAUCUGUCCUGAAGCCCGUCAACAAAACACUCCAAAGAGUCGAGAAGAGACGAGCAAAACUCCAGAGCUCCCACAAUCACAGAAUAAACCAUCAGUUUCCGGCAGUGGCUGAAAACCCGUUUGCCAUCAGACGGCGUGUUCACGGUGAGCUCAGGUGGAACGGUCCGCUUGAACACUACGAGUGUUACCACGCUCAACUGGACCUGCUGAACAACCGACAGCACAUCCAGAACCCCACCGCUGGAGCGGAGAAACACACCGAUCAUCACAGCGAUAGACCUGAUGUGCUAGAACCGUACCAGCUUGUUGCAGCAGCGAGAGCAGAAUAUCUACAGCGGAAACGUGAAGCUCAUCAGUACAAACUCAGAGCUCAGAAACAACUGGGUCUCAGACCGUCAACAGCAGAUACUGAGAGACGCCAGAGAUCUGACCCGCAUGAGCAUCAUGAGAACAAACCACCUCACAACAGGAAACCACAGGGUCAAGAGGAGUAUCUGCAGCAGUUACAGCGAAUCAGAGAGCAGUAUCAUGAUGAGGUCAGAGAGAUGAGGAUGAGAGCUGAGACUGAGGAGCAUCAUGUGACUGCAGCAACAUACUUAGUGAAGCAGAGCAAAGACAAACACACACACAAGAACGAGCCACAGCCCGUGUGUGUUGAUGAAGCUCUCAGAUUCAUGCGAGAGCAGAACAGAGACGAGAGGAGAGAACGUCACACUAAACACAAACACAAGAAGGGAAUCAUGUUUGAGAUCAAACUAACUGAUGAAGAGAAACAAGAGGAAACUGAGAUGAAGAGUGAGGAGGAUUCAGAGGAAGAUCCUCUGAAUGAAACAGGAGAUAUCUGCAGAAGAGCAGCAGAGAGGUCAGAGGUCAAACAGGAAGUAGAGGAGAGUGAGACACUGAUGAAGAGAGAUGAUGAGCUCGUGAAGAGAGCAGAAUGGUGUCGAGACGCUCGUGAGACUCUACUGAGCGCUCUCAAGCGUUUGGACGUGAUGUCACAGAACUCUAGCAUGUGUGACACUCGUACGGAAGAUCAGGAGGGAAACGAUGUUAAAGAGAGAAAACACUGGACGAACCGUCUGCCACACACACUCCUGAACGCACUCGCUGCAGCAGAACUCAACAACACGGAAGAUCUUUCAGAGGAAGAGUUACAGAAUCAACAUGAAGAGAAAACACCUGAUGAUGAUGAUGAUGAUGAUGUGGAGGUGGAUGAAGAGCGUCUGGAGCCCCGAUCAGAUGAUGAGGAUACGAACUUUGAUGAGUCCGAGGACGAGCUGAGAGAGGAAGUGUCUGACUCCAUGAGGAACCUUCUCACCACACAAGACAUAGAGAACGAGGAGGAGCAGAAUCUACAGCAGGAAGUUCAAAACAGUCCACAGGAAGUGCUUGAGGACAGCAGAGACGACAGCAGUGUUUUACAGGAUCCAGCGGCUGAAGACACCACACAAGCCUUCACUGCAGAGAACUGAUGUUUGUGGUAAACACGGUUCUACUUCAGAUAUCUCAACAAGAUCAAUGUACUGUAAUGUUAUUUCCUGCAUUCAGAAGCAAAACUCACGAUCACUGGCACACUUUACCCCACCGUCCCUUUCACAACACAGCAGUAUGACGCACGACCCCUGACCUCAAGAGGAAUGGGUUUUACAGUGUGUCUCUGUCUGUUAUCUGAUGUGCAGAAUGUGUUUUAAAGUCUUCAUGUUUGAUUGUGAAGAAGAA